CUGAAGCACGGGCUCGCGGAGAGGAGCAGCGUCGCUUCCUUGCAGGAUUUAUGUGGUUGUGGAAAAAAUUGCUUUUGUUUUCCUAUCCAAAGAAGCUCGCCUUCCGAAUGCCGACGACUCGCCCAGACGACCCUCCUCCUCCACUCGCCAGGGUUUGCCUGUGUUGGUUUUGUCCUGCAUGAGAGAAGACAGGCUUUGUGUUUUGGUGGAUCUAGAGCUGGAGAAGGAGGCAGUGCCAGGCGCUACUGCUGUGGGCUGCACCGGCCACGGAUGGAAAGGUGUCAGACUGCACUUAAACAGAGUGUUGGGGCAUUGAGGACAACCAUGUGGAGACCUGGUACAGCUCUGUUGGAAGAUACUUCAAGUGAUCUGGUUGUUUACUUUACUUAAACGUGGGCUGAAAUUGCUUAUCGGAUACUUUCCAUUUUGGCAAAAAUCAACAGGAUUAGAUUUUGGAUUUCUGUGCUUGUGGAUAUAUGCAUGUAUCCCUUUGGAAUCAUAUUUACAUAUUUUAUGUCAAACAAAGUCGCAUAACAUCAGCAGGUAUUUGGAUUUGGAUAAUCGCACUUCUAUCACUGGAGUACAGUUAUUCAGGUUUCUGUUACAGGUGUUUGUUGGGAAUUGUAGGAGUUUAAACGCUCUCAAACCUGCAACCAACACUGAGCAAGGGCUGAGAGCCUCCCAGAAGGACGUUUUCAGUUGAGUUUGUCAUCCGGUGAAAUGGAUGGCCCGCGGUGCAGCGGGAUCCGGAAAAAACGUAAGUCUCGGUCUGUGCGAGACCGGGAUCGCAUAUCUAAUGGGAUGAGGAAUAACCAUGUCCGGGGCUCCAUGCUUCGAUUCUCCUCUGAUUCUGAGAGGGAAGACAUCACCAACCCUUCCUCCUCUUUCUCAAGACCCAGGCCACCGAGGAGGAAGAAAAAGGUCUCUAUGUCAGCCGAGGAGGACAUCAUUGAUGGAUUUUCAAUAUCAGGAUUUAUAACAUUAGAAGCUCUUGAGAAGGACAUGACUCUGAAGUCCCAUGAGCGGAGGCAGAACCAAGCAGGACCUCUGAACAAGAAGCACGGUAGAGGAAUGAAUGGUGUGAGCUUAGACCUAAACAAGGAACGGCUUAACCACAACAACUACCAGCACCACCACUCUGACCAGGAGAACAACCCUCGUCUGGCCCACACACACGGCAAGAAGAAGAAGCAUUUGCAGAAGAAGUACAGACCGCUGAAGCCGGGCCAGAACAACUGUAAAGACAGUGAUAGUGAGAGUGUCAGUGGAAAGUCCAAACCCUCCAUCCGGAGCAGCUCCAGAGACAGACAGACUGACUGUGACAGUGAGAGUGACCAAGAAGACAAGGGCUCAGAUGCCAGCUCAGAGAAACUCUUCAGCACAGCUGCAAUUAAAGUACCAGAUUUUGGCGUUGAUGCACUCUCCACCAAUGAUAGCCGGGAGCUGCAUGGCCUGGGCAUUCCCAAGGUGUCUGGCCUAGAGCGCAGCCAAGAGAAGAGCCAGGAGACUUCCCGUGACCUCCCCCCAGCCACCCUGUCACUGGUGCCCACCUCCCAUCCCAAACUUCCCCUCCCCUCCCCUCUUCACCUCCAGCAACCCUCCUCCAACCGGGCAUUACCCUUGCCCCCAAGCCCAGCUCAAACCCAGAACCCUUGCCUAGAUCACCCACUUAGACCACCAACACCCUCUACUACCCUGCCUCUCACCCAGGGCCACGAGCCCUCUCAGGCAGUGCCGCCUCAGCAACCACUCGAGCUGCCUUCGCACCCAAGGCCACCCCCAACCCCAGGCAUUUAUCACCACCCACCAUCACCAGCGCUACCAGCCCAGCAGGACCCCAUCCAACCUGCACUGCACAGGCCACCUUCACGGUGCCACCCGCGCCCGGUUUCAGCCUACAGCGGCAGCCUUAACCUCAACGGCCUAAGCAGUCGAAGCAACAAUUCAGGGAAGCCGCCGGGCCCCUCUCCAGUCCCUCAUCUACACAAUCAUCAACCUGCCCCCGCUGGGGCAGCAGCCUCCUUCCGCCUGCCGGUGAACCCUACGGCCUCUCACACCUUCCCCCCCUCCCUACCAUCUUCCACUCUUCCUCAUCACACCAAUAUGUUUGCGACGCCUGCUGCUCUGCCUCCACCACCUCCACUCACCUCAAACACUCUGCCGGUCCCCGGACACCCAGCUGGGAGUGCCUACUCAGAACAAGACCUUCUCCGGCAGGAAUUAAACACUCGUUUCCUUGCAUCUCAGAGUGCUGAUCGUGGGGCAUCACUGGGUCCCCCUCCAUACCUGCGGACUGAGUUCCACCAGCACCAACACCAGCAUCAACAUCAGCACCAGCACACACACCAACACACACACCAGCAUACCUUCACCCCUUUCCCCCACGCCAUCAUGCCCACGCCUGCACCACCCAUGGUGCGUACCCCAGCCAGAAAUUUUGACAAAUACCCCACUAAAGUCGACCCCUUCUACAGACACAGCCUGUUCCACUCUUACCCCCCAGCUGUGUCAGGCAUUCCGCCCGUCAUCCCACCGACAGGGCCCUUCGGAUCUCUGCAGGGAGCAUUCCAGCCCAAGACCUCAAACCCUCUAGAUGUUGCAGCCAGGCCUGGAGCUGUCCCACACACACUCCUUCAGAAAGACCCACGGCUGACGGAUCCGUUCCGGCCCGUUCUCAGGAAACCAGGAAAGUGGUGUGCUAUGCAUGUCCAUAUUGCCUGGCAAAUUUACCACCACCAACAGAAAGUAAAGCAGCAGAUGCAGGUUGACCCACACAAGCUGGACUUUGGGCUCAAACCAGAGUUUCUUAGUCGACCUCCUGGUCCAACUCUGUUUGGAGCUAUCCAUCACCCUCAUGACUUGGCUCGACCUGCAACGCUUUUCACAGCAGUAGGGCCCAUGCACCCCUCAGCUGCACCUUUUGGACAUCCUCCACAUCACCCUAGCAACUUUCUUACCCCAGCACCUCACUUGGAGCCCUUCAGCAGACCACCUACUUUUGGAGGUCUAGCCUCAUUAAGCACUGCAGCCUUUGGUGGGCUGGGAAACCCAGCACUCACACCUAACUCUGUAUUCGCCCACAAAGAUGGACCAGGCGCACAGCAGCACUUCAGCGGACCCCACGAGCCAUGGAAUAGACUCCAUCGCACUCCGCCUUCCUUCCCCACCCCUCCUCCCUGGCUAAAACCUGGAGACUCUGAACGCAGCAUGUCAGUCAGCUCCCAUGACAGAGAUAGAGACAGAGAGAGGGACAAGGAGAGAGAGAGAGAACGCGACUUGGACAAGAGGGAUUCCUCAGUCAACAAGGACGAUAAGGAGAGGGAGCCCACAGAGAAGAGACACCAGAAUCACCAAUCACCAAUUCCUGUUAACCCCCUCUCUCUGUUGGGCCAUACCCGGCCAUCUGAACCCUCCCGAAACCACGUCCCCUCCAGUGAGCCUCGGGACAAAGACAAGCCCAAAGAUCGCGAGCGAGAACGCGAGCACUCGGACUGGAAAGACUCAAACUCGGAUGAGCACAAGAUAAAGGAGAAUAACCACAGCAACAAAGACAUUCCUGUCAUCCAUGAUGGGCGGGUUCAAGAAGACAAGCCAGCCAAUCGGGUCACAGCGUCACCCUACAUGCGACCAGCUGGCCUAGAGUGGGUGAAUGGCACCCUGAGUCGAGACAUUCUGGAGAAGAAGAGUGAAAUUACGUAUGAGAAAAAAAACAGUGAGGUAAAAGUGAAAGAGGAGAGAAAAGAGGAGCAAGAUGGUGCCACUGAGAGAUCCCCAGAGCAAAGAUCCACACCUCAGGCACCCCCUGCCCCCACUCUUCACCCUCCAUCUUCAAUGCCAUUACCUAUGGGAAUGGCCAGCAUGCAUCCCAUAAACACUAUCAGUAGCCUGGAGAAGACUCGUAUGGUGGCGCCCUUCAUGGGCAUCAGCCCUAUCCCAGGUGCAGAGAGGUUCCCCUACCCUGCAUUUCACUGGGAUCCAAUGAGGGACCCUUACAGAGGACUAGACAUCCACCGGAGAGAUCCAUUAGCUCGGGAUCUUCUCCUGAGGAAUGAUCCUCUACACCGGUUAGCAGGGCCACGGUUUUACGAAGCAGAGCGCUCAUACCGAGACCGUGAGCCUCAUGACUUUAACCGAGAUCAUCCUCACGGCCUCACCUUAGAACAGCGGCGGGAACAAGAGAGGGCACACUUAGAAGAAAGGGAACGGCUACACUUGCUCAGAGAGGAAUUUGAGCAGGGGCGUCUACACCCAAUGCAUCACCCUGCUUUGGAUGGACACCUCCCUCACCCCGGUCUCAUAGCCCCCGGACUACCUAGUAUGCACUAUCCUCGUGUUAGCCCCUCCUCCGCUUUGGCUGCUGCCGCUCAAAAUGGAAUCCUAAACAAAAACCCUCCCACUGCAUCUCUCAGUGCCCCUCCCCCUCUUAUCCCAAGCCUCGGAGCACAAUCCUCUUCUCCCAGACGGACUACCCCACUCAGCACUGAUAUAAGAGACAGACCCCCUUCACACACACACAAAGAUAUCGAGGCACGGUGAGGUUGGACACAAACACACAUGUGCCCCUAAUUUGUGUCUGACAGUGGAACUCAAAACAAGCACUUGAUGCUGGACUGAGACUGUAUCAUAUCUGUGUAUAGAUUGAUGGUUUUUGUGUUGAUGUUUUUUGGUUUUGUGCAAACACAUGAAAGACACAUGAGAUGUUUCAUGACCUUUUAUCCCAUUGGCUCUGGCAUAGGCGUGUGUUCUUGAACAUGUACCGUUCACUGAUCUCAAGCAAAUGGACAAAAUAUAGAUCUUCAACCUUGGAAACCCCAACAAAGAUGAUUUUGGAAUGUACAGGUACCUCAAAACAUUGCAAAAAAAAAGGCAGAACUUGUAAAUAUGUGCGUAGUCUGUUUCUCUCCUUAAGGAAAAAAAAAUCAAGGUACAAAUAUGCAAAUGGUUGUUAUGAAAGCUUUACUUUUGAGUGGCUGUAUAUAGUGGGCAGUGAUCAAAGGGAGAGUGCACAUUCUUAUAGACUGGUUUUAAGUUUAAUGCUGCAUAAUAAUGGUUUUUAAGGAUCAUAUUGUCCAAGAGACCACAUCCCUUCUUUCAACUAUGCAACUCAUGCGUGGGCUCGCUCUCUAUAUCACUCUUUUCUCUCUUUACCAUUUUCUACUAAACCUUCUCAUUUUCUUGACUCAUCGACUUGUCUCUGUACACUCUUGUUGACUGAAGCAACAGUACAUGCUUUCCCAUGAAUCAGACAGGGCUUGUCAGUGACGAGUAUUAAUCAAAUUGAGGCUCAAUCUGACAGAUCGCAGCACUUCAUUAAAGUAAUAUUCCCUAAAUCUUGAUCUAGAAAAAUGCUUUUCUUCAUCAAGAUAUAAAAGUCUUUGCUGACAAUCCUUACAGUACAAAAACACCAAGGACAAGUAUCAAAGAUAGAACAGAUACUGCUUCACUAAAUUAAAUAAUUUUAUAUUAAAAGUGUGGCAAUUUGAAUGAAAGACAUGCAAAGACAACACGUCAUCUAGUCUCAAGACAGUGUGAAACCUGAAUUAAGGAAAACAAUUCCCUAUUGGUCGGUGUAUUAAAGUGUUAUGUAUCUACAGAAUGAAAAGCAAGUUGUAAGCUAUGGACAGUUUGUUUUUAAUGAGCAGAGAUCUAUUUUAGUAGUCCAUGGGAGGGUUAGUUGUGCGCUUUUAAACUCUGUGAAAUUCAGAUGUUGUGCAGUGCUUUUUUCUUUAAUUUCUCUUUUAAUUUUUUUGUUUUCUUAAAAUCAAACAUUAAAAUGUCCACUGAAGCAGUAGUGGGUAGUCAAUACGUAUUGCAAAGAGAUUGUAAGGAACUUUUUUGCUGUUUAUCAUGUAUGUAAAAAAUGAAGUCCUUUCUAGAUCAUGUACAAAAAAAGGGUGAGGCAACUCAGCAUGCUCCUCAGUUAAACUUGUGUUAUGUAAAUUGUGCCAUGUUAUUAAAAAAUG